CAUUACUCUUUUUCUAAAUAGUCUGGAUGUGUUGCAGCCCACUGGCCUUUGCUCCGGACAUUAGCACAAAAGCUAGCUUAAAGUGCAUAUGACAGCUUAUCAUGUUUUUCUAACUGUUAGCCUACUUGGUUAAUGGCGGGAUAAUACCUGUGGCUAAUAUUUAUCAUAGUUUUACAUCAGUUAAGUGGCAGUUUGUGGGGGAAAAAAAGUUGAUAAGAAGCGUAAAACUACAAAAAUACUACCUUUAUCUUUGUUAUCAAGGCUUUUUGACACCACAUGGUCUUAGUGUAAUGCUAGCUUACUAUUCUUAGGCGUCUUUAUGAGCUGUUAUCCUUUAACCAAGUUUAAUUUAACAGUUGUGGCAAAUAUUUAUCAUAGUUUUACAUCAGUUAAGUGGCAGUUUAUGGGGAAAAAGUGUAUAAGUAAAGUAGGCCAACGAAAAUACUACCUUUACCUAUGUUAUAAAUGCUAUUUGACACUGCAUGGUCAUAAUGUAAUCCUAGGCUACUAUUCUUGGGUAUGUUUUGUGAGCUACUAGCCUAUAUCCAAGUUAUUUCACAGUUGUGGAUCAAUAAAGUUGUUCCCAGCUCGGCAAACAAACCCCGUGUGUUUGUGCUGUGUGUCAUAGGCCCGUGUGUGCAGCAGUGCUCGGUGCUGAUGAUGCUGAUGCUGAUGUCACUACCGCCUCGCAGCAUCCCUGCCUCAGCAGCGCGGCCAUUUUCCUCAUCUCCAGAUUGACACAGUGACGACGGGCGGCUGGGGCGUCCUGCUCCCAUCUUCGGCUCGUUCAUCCGUGUGCCUGCCCGCUCCUCUUCCCUCCUACUCGCCAUUUUUGUGAAUAUUGACGCAUCACACAUCGCCGGCGGAUGCUCCAUGUUUGGACGCACCUAAAGGACCGAUGCUGCUGUGGGCUGAGCUCUGACUGGGAAAGGCGCAUUCACCGCUGUCCGCUAUAGGAGCCUGUUGGAUGAGGUUGUUUUGAAUGGCCACUGGAUUCAGCUCCUGCGCUCGAGUCUGAGUGUUGAGGUGACUGGUGUGUAGCUCCACAGAUCCCAUCACUUCAGCUCGCUCUCUCAGCCUCAGUCAUCAUGGCGGGGGCUUCUGUCAAAGUGGCUGUGAGGGUCCGGCCCUUUAACUCCAGGGAGAUUGGGAAGGAGAGCAAAUGCAUCAUCCAGAUGUCAGGAAACACAACAACAAUCUUAAACCCCAAACAACCAAAGGAAAACAAGAGCUUCAACUUUGACUUCUCUUAUUGGUCGCACACAACUCCUGAGGACAUCAACUAUGCGUCACAGGUGCAGGUGUACAAAGACAUUGGAGAAGAAAUGCUGCUCCAUGCAUUUGAAGGGUACAACGUGUGUAUAUUUGCAUAUGGACAGACAGGAGCAGGAAAGAGCUACACCAUGAUGGGACGCCAGGAGCAAGACCAGCAGGGCAUUAUACCUCUGCUCUGCGAGGACCUCUUCACAAAGAUCAGUGACAGCAAUAAUGAUAAUAACAUGUCAUAUUCUGUAGAGGUGAGCUAUAUGGAGAUUUACUGUGAGCGUGUGCGUGACCUGCUGAACCCCAAAAACAAAGGAAACCUGCGGGUCAGGGAACAUCCUCUGAUGGGACCCUAUGUGGAGGAUCUGUCCAAACUUGCAGUUACCUCUUACAAUGACAUUCAAGACCUAAUGGACUCCGGAAACAAAGCAAGAACGGUGGCUGCUACCAACAUGAAUGAGACAAGUAGCCGCUCUCAUGCUGUGUUCAACAUUAUCUUCACACAGAAGAAAUAUGACUCUGAAACAGACAACACAUCAGAAAAGGUUAGCAAAAUUAGCCUUGUGGACUUAGCUGGGAGUGAAAGGGCUGACUCAACAGGAGCAAAAGGGACCAGACUGAAAGAGGGAGCAAACAUCAACAAAUCACUGACUACAUUAGGAAAAGUUAUUUCAGCUUUGGCUGAAGUGGAUUCUGCACCAAAUAAAAACAAGAAAAAGAAGAAAGUGGAGAGUUUUAUUCCAUACAGAGAUUCUGUGCUGACUUGGCUUCUGAGAGAAAAUUUGGGAGGAAACUCACGUACAGCUAUGGUGGCUGCACUCAGUCCUGCAGAUAUUAACUAUGAUGAGACACUGAGUACUCUGCGGUAUGCUGACCGUGCCAAACAAAUCCGCUGUAAUGCAGUGAUCAACGAGGAUCCCAACAACCGCCUGGUGCGUGAGCUGAAGGAGGAAGUGGCUCGUCUCAAAGACCUGCUGUAUGCACAGGGCCUGGGAGACAUCAUCGAGAACCUGUGCGAUUACAAAAACUUUAUGAAUAAUCGCCAGGCUGUCAAUCAAAGGGGUGAUCUCUCCACAGUGACCCACGCUAUGACUGGAAUGAGCCCAUCGCCGUCACUGUCGGUCUUAUCCAGCCGCGCAGGGUCCAUCAGCAACCUCCAUGAUCGCAUUUUCAGCCCAGCCAGCGAGGAGGCCAUCGAACGACUCAAGGAAACUGAGAAAAUUAUAGCAGAGCUUAAUGAGACCUGGGAGGAGAAACUAAGGCGAACAGAAGCCAUUCGUAUGGAAAGAGAGGCCUUGCUUGCUGAAAUGGGUGUGGCUAUGAGAGAAGAUGGAGGCACUGUGGGUGUCUUCUCACCUAAGAAGACGCCUCAUUUGGUAAACCUGAACGAGGAUCCACUGAUGUCUGAGUGUUUACUAUAUUACAUCAAAGAUGGCAUUACCAAGGUUGGCCGUGAAAAUGCAAAAACUCGGCAAGACAUCGUUCUUAGUGGCCAUUUGAUUAGAGAUGAACACUGCACCUUUGGAAGCACAACUGGCCCACAAGGCGAAAGUUGUGUCAUCUUGGAGCCUUGUGAAGAAGCAGAAAUAUAUGUCAAUGGAAAAAGGGUGACUUCUCCCAUUGUCCUAAGAUCAGGAAAUCGUAUAAUCAUGGGAAAGAGCCAUGUGUUCCGCUUCAAUGAUCCGGAGCAGGCACGUAUGGAGAGAGAGAGGACACCAUGUGCAGAGACGCCUGUGGAGCCGGUGGACUGGGCCUUCGCUCAGAGAGAACUCCUGGAGAAACAGGGCAUCGACAUGAAGCAGGAGAUGGAGCAGAGACUGCAAGAGCUUGAGGAUCAGUACAGAAAAGAAAGAGAAGAAGCCAGUAACUUACUUGAGCAACAGAGACUGGACUAUGAGAGUAAACUAGAAGCUUUACAAAAACAAGUGGACUCUCGGUACUUGGAGUCUCCUGAGGAAGAGGAGGAACCAGAAGAAGAAGUUCCAUGGACGAAACAUGACACCGAGUUGGCUCUGUGGGCCUUCCGAAAGUGGCGCUUCUACCAGUUCACCUCUCUCAGGGACCUUCUGUGGGGCAACGCUAUAUUCCUAAAAGAAGCCAACGCUAUCAGUGUGGAACUCAAGAAAAAGGUGCAGUUCCAGUUUGUUCUUUUGACGGACACACUCUACUCCCCACUGCCUCCUGACCUCCUGCCCCCGAAUGUGGCCCAAGAGAGGGAGAGACGACCGUUCCCUCGCACUAUUGUCGCGGUGGAGGUACAGGACCAGAAGAACGGAGCCACACAUUACUGGACUUUGGAAAAACUCAGGCAGAGGCUGGACCUGAUGAGAGAAAUGUACGAUCGAGCUGCAGAGUUGCCCAGUAGUGCAGUGGAGGACUGUGAUCCUGCUCUCACAGGAGGGGACCCUUUCUACGAUCGCUUCCCCUGGUUCCGUCUGGUUGGCCGGGCAUUUGUUUACCUGAGUAACCUGCUGUACCCUGUCCCCCUGGUUCACCGAGUGGCCAUAGUCAGUGAGAAAGGAGAGGUCAAAGGUUUCCUCAGAGUCGCUGUGCAGGCCAUAUCUGCUGAUGAGGAGGCACCUGAUUAUGGCUCAGGUGUGAGGCAGUCAGGCACUGCCAAAAUUUCAUUUGAAGAUAAACAAUUUGAAAAGUUCCAGACAGAGUCAUGCCCCAGUGGUCUCUCACACUCGUCUCAGGAGGAGCUGCGAAUUGUCGAGGGAGAGGGGCAAAAUGUAGAGAUGGGAAUUUCAGCAGAUGAAGUCAACAACAAUACAUGUGCCGCCGAAGUGGAGCCUCCUCGGAGUCCUGCAAAGAGCCUGGGCUUAGGCCUGGACCUCCCUCUGGACCUGUCCCCAGAAAAGGCUCUGUCCCACCUUAAGAUCGGCAGCACAUUCACCUUCAGGGUCACAGUCUUACAGGCAUCCAGCAUCUCCGCAGAGUACGCCGACAUCUUCUGUCAGUUUAAUUUCAUCCAUCGUCAUGACGAAGCAUUCUCCACAGAGCCUCUGAAGAACACAGGCAGAGGACCACCUUUGGGCUUUUACCAUGUACAAAAUAUCACAGUGGAAGUGACAAAAUCCUUUGUAGAGUACAUCAAGACUCAGCCCAUAGUCUUUGAGGUCUUUGGUCACUAUCAGAAGCAGCCUUUCCCUCCCCUCUGCAAAGAUCUCAUCAGUCCUUUAAGACCUUCCAGGAGGCAGUUUCCCAGAGUCAUGCCACUAUCCAAACCAGUGCCAGCCACCAAGCUCAGCACUUUGACACGCUCCACUGCAGGACCUUGUCAUGCCAAAUAUGACCUUAUGGCUUUCUUUGAGAUCUGUGAGCUGGAGGCCAACGGAGAAUACAUUCCAGCUGUUGUUGAUCACAGGGGAGGCAUGCCUUGCCAUGGGACUUUCCUUUUGCAUCAGGGCAUUCAAAGGAGAAUUACAGUGACAAUUGCUCAUGAAAAUGGAAACGACUUUGAGUGGAAGGAGGUCAAAGAGUUGGUUAUUGGUCGCAUUCGAAACACUCCAGAGGCCGAUGAAACAAUCAUAGAUCCAAAUAUCCUCUCCCUCAACAUCCUGUCUUCUGGAUAUUACUGGCCAAAACAUGACGACAACAUCUCCUUGGGGGUUGAUCAUAGAACAUUUUACCGAUUUGAAGCAGCGUGGGACAGCUCCAUGCACAACUCUUUACUCCUGAACAGAGUCACUCCUUAUGGAGAAAAGAUCUACAUCACACUGUCUGCUUAUUUAGAGAUGGAGAACUGCACUCAGCCGACUGUAAUCACCAAAGACUUCUGCAUGGUGUUUUACGCACGAGACACAAAACUGCCAGCCUCUCGCUCAAUCAGAAACUUGUUCAGCACUGGCUGCUUCAGGCCGUCAGAGAGUAAUCGUGUCACUGGAGUCUAUGAGAUCACUCUAUGCCACGUGGCAGACAAUGGCAGCCCUGGUAUGCAGCGGCGUCGCAGGCGUGUGUUGGACACCUCUGUGGCUUAUGUCCGAGGAGAAGAGAAUCUGGCUGGAUGGAGACCACGCAGUGACAGUCUUAUCCUUGACCACCAGUGGGAGCUAGAGAAACUCAGCCUGCUGCAGGAGGUGGAGAAGACUAGGCAUUACCUGCUGCUCAGAGAGAAGCUUGAGGCCACUUUGCUCGCAGGACAGGACGCUCUAUACAAGAGCAGUGACAUAAGUGACUUAGCGAAGAGCCCUGUCCUCAGCCAAAGUCCAGUUUGCAGUCCUGCCCCAGACAGUCCCAAUCAGAGGCAGCGCGAGCUGGCUGCUAAGUGUCUGCGCCUGCUGAUGCACACCUUCAACAGAGAGUACAGCCAGGUGAGCAGCAGUGCCAGUGAGAGCAAGCUCUCGGAUCUGUCUGCCUCGUUGAUGAGAGAGUCGUCUUCCUCUGGACUUAGCACCUUAACCCCAUCCUCCACUUGUCCUUCGUUGAUUGAGGGAAACUUUGACAUCAGACUCACUGAGCCCAGCUCAGGGGCUUCCACUCCAGACCUGGACCCCUACAGUCCAGUCGACCGAAAGAAAGUCCUUCGAGGCUACACCUUUGUUCCCGACAUUCAAGAAAUCCGUGUCAGCCCAAUUGUCUCAAAGAAAGGAUACCUACACUUCCUGGAGCCCCACACUAGUGGCUGGGUGAAGCGAUAUGUGGUGGUACGUCGACCCUACGUCUACUUGUAUCGCAGUGAGAGGGACAGUGUGGAGAGAGCUGUCAUAAACCUGUCGUCUGCCAAAGUCGAAUACAGUGAAGACAAACAAACCUUACUGCGGACUCCUAACACAUUCGCUGUGUGCACUGAGCAUCGUGGGAUAUUACUCCAGGCCACCAAUGACAAAGAGAUGCACGACUGGCUAUAUGCGUUUAACCCUCUGUUAGCUGGAACCAUCAGGUCAAAGCUGUCAAGAAGAAAGUCUGUGCAGUCCGCUCCCCCUGUGGCAUCUCCUCAGAGGAUUUAAAGUUCUCGUGGAAAUUUUAAAACCUUCAUUCUGGAACCUUUCUCUGUAAUACAACCUUAUACAUGAAAAAGAAUACUAACCUACUCAUGACCUAACCCCAAAAAACGUUCCUGUUUUGCAGUUGUCCUCAGUACCCCUGCAUGGUCUUACUUGUAGAUACAUAAGGCGAACUAACCACCCAAAGUGUAUGUAGUCUAAUCAUAUGUGUAUAGAGAUAGUGGUGCACACUACGUGAUCAACCUGACCUAAUAGUCCCAGUAAAUAUCACUGAUACAUGUAUUCUUUAUAAUAUAAUGCCAACAGAAAAUAGGAAGUAGGCAUAGAGCGAUCUGCUUUGUAGCCAACAAGCGGGAUGGUUCUGGGAGUGUAAAAUACAAUAACAGCAUUGCAUAAUCCUGUAUCUUUCACAUACUGUUACCUCAGUUUGUAAUGGCUUGGUGCUCUACUGGUCAUUUAACAUAAAGUAGCAUAAGCAUUUUGAAGGGGUAAUUAUUGUUGUAAUGUGCUCAGAAAUACUGCACUGUUGUUUUUGCCUUGUCUUUAAUGUUAAGAUUUUUUUUAACGCAAUCUUGUGUGUAUAUUUGAAUGAAAAUAUUUAUUAUAGCUGUACACAGAGGUUUUGUUGCAUGGCACUUUAACAUAUCAGUUUUAUUAUUUAUUUUAUUGUUUUACCAAAGGAUUCUUUUAAUGUCGGGUUAUGUUGGCAGACCCUUGACGCUAUACCAGUUGAUACGAGGUCUGUUAUGAAAGGUGGUUGUUUACGAUGAGCCAGAAUGUGGAGAAAAAAAAGAUGAAGCACUUGUUUACUUUAGAACAUGUCAGUGGAGGUUAUUCAUGAGUAGCAAAAGACGAAGUUUAAAUCUGUCAACUGGGCAAAUCAUUGUAAGAGUGAAGACGUUUCGCUGCUCAUCCAAGCCGCUUCUUCAGUUCUGAGUAGCUAAAUGAGAAGUCGUUGGACCUUAUGUCGUUAUGGUGUAACUGCUUUGGCCAUUUGUGUUGUCCAUGCACCAGAUAGUGCCUCCCUUUUAUCAUUAUCGUUUAGCUGGUCCUAAAUAUAUCACUGUUUGAAAUCAACAGAGAAAAGGAUUUGCGUAUGAAAUAGGCUGUUUAUAUUGAAGAUUAGUAAAAGUCUAGUUCAUGUUAUGUAGUGCGUCGGUAUAUGUGAAAUACUGCACCCAUGUCUUACUAGUAACGACUCCCCUCAAACAUUUAGAAUUGAAGCUGUUCAGUUUUGCUUGUUAUAUCGCUACAAUUCAAAAAUAAAGAAAAGAUGAUAAUAAUAAUGCAACUUUCUAUCGACGUGAGGAUAAAACAUGGUCAGCCAGCCAUUUUAUUUUUCCUUCUUUGUCCUAAACAUUUAUGAAUUUUGGGCUGUGUUUCUCAGGCCAGCCAACCUGCAGGACGAUAUAGCCCAAAAAGCAAAAUUAUUUCUCAAAUUAUUUCCAUUAAAAAUUGACACAGUGAGUCGUAUGACAAAAUGCUUAGAAUUUGAUGACCAGUGUGUUGGAUAAAACGUUUUUGAUAAAUAUUGUUUCGAAAUACCGGUAAUAAUGCCAGGUUAAUGUAUAAAUACUUUUUUUGUGUGUUUAUUAUUUAGUAGGAUUUUUAUUUCUGAGAAUGUAAGAAAAGACAGUGAGACUUUGUGAACUGAAAAGCGAAGAUUUUUUUGCUAACUCAAUCAAAGCUCUGUACCAAUGUGCAAUGUUUCUAGCUGAUGCUUUGCUACAUGACUUAGUUUUCCAUGUAAAGCACGUAAUGGGACAGUUAUAGGGCACUGGCCAGUUAAUAGCUAAAGGGUUUCAUUACUUUUUUGGCUGCUUUCUAACUGUUAUCGCUUUGGAUCGUAGCAUGUGGGUCCACUUCUCUUGAACUGUACUGUUUUUAAGUCCCUUUUCCUGCCUUAUCGCUUGCUAAUGACAACAGCUCCUUACCCUGAAGUGCUACUUGUAAGUAUUAUCCCUGACCCUUGUAAUGACGACUGACUGAAAACCUCCCUCUCGGCUCUGUCUUGUACAUAAAUAGAGAUUUCUGUGUUGGUUUGUUCUCACAGACGAUAUCAGGUCUGUGUUUACCCUGAUGUAAAUGACCCACUGCUUUGUUGACUGUCAGCCUGGAUAGUGUGGACCUGGGUGGAGCCUUGCAGAUUCUAGCACAGUGUGGUGAAAGUGGGAACUGUACAAGAAAAGAUGAGGUCCAGCCGGUAAAGACAUCUCACCUUUCUCUUUGGAGUGUUCUUUCUCAUGUCUGUGGACACAUAACAAAAAGUUGUUAACGAAACUGCAAAUAAAAGAGUAUGUGUUUAAACCUCA